AUGGCGACUGAGGUGCUUUCUUACAUGCUCUUCAAUCCCUUGGAUCCCAAGGAGCUUACCUUACUGAGGGACCUCACCACUGCAGAAAUCUGCAGAGUGUGGGAUGCCACAUCCGAGUACAUUCGGAAAGAGCUGAUGGAGAAGAGGGCGGUGGAUAUUGGAAUUGGCAGCUUUGCAGUUGUGCCAGCUCAUGCCGCUGCCGGGGAGGAUGGGGUUCUGGAUGUGGACAGACCCAUUUUCCAGCUGAACAAGCACAUCCAGAAGUUUUACAAGCUCAAGAAGCCUAAGACCAAAAUUCCUUUCGAGAUAUUCGAGCACCCGUUGAACUUCCAGGAGAUUGCUGAAAGCAUUUGCUUCCGUGUGCCCAUCGUAGAGCAGUGCAUCUAUGAGACCCUGCUCUUCUUUGCUGAGGCCCUCCGAGGAAAGAAGGAAGUUGACUUCUUCUUCAAAACACUUGGCAUUCUUUCUCUGAGAGGGCACGAGGUCAUCAUGAACUUCUUUGAUGACUGCGUACUGCAGGUGGAUGCAACGGGCAACAUGCUGCCCGCUCUUCUUGGGGACUCUGAGAUGAUGAAUAUGAUUGCGUUUAGUGGCAAAAACAACUUUACUCGAUCCAGUGAGGACGGCUGUGUCAUACUGCCAAGAAUUCAAGUUGAGGGCUCAACGACAUGCCAAGAUACGGUUUUCAUGAAGCCCCGAAGACAGUCACAGCCAUGGAACGAGGGUGCCCGCAGAGUGAGCGUGUAUGAUCCGGUGAUGCUGGCUCGGCAAAGGGCAUCAAAAGUUGUGGUGUUAGAGAGAAGACGCAAGGAGCAGGAGAAGAAACAGCAAAGGGUUAAAUUCAGGUUCCUGCCACAACUUGAAGAGACAUAUGCUGGUGUGCUACAAAAGGCUGCACAUCAGGCAAAGCCCGCUGCCAGCGCCCAGCAGACCUCCAGAAUGGCAGCGCGCUUGAAGCACGCUCAGACUGAGGCGAGACGGCUCCAGGUGCUGAUGGCCUCCAAGCGCAAGGAGGUCGAAGCUGACAUCCAGAGUGAAUACGAGCAGUACACACAGAGGCUGAGCACAGAGAGGAGCCAGAACCCCUUCCACCGCCUGCUGGAGGGUGACCCUCGUCCUGCCUACAUUGUGAGACGGGACUAUGACCAGCAGCUGGGAGAGAGGCUGAAGGGGAAGGACAGGUGCCAAAGCCCUGCAGGGCAGACAGCACCAGAGGGGUGGCAGAACAAGCCCCAGCUCCCGCGGACAUCACGGGAACAGAAAGGAGAGAAGACCAGGCUCUUGGACCGCUGUGGGAAGGCCCAGGGCCUGUGA